AUGGCCGAAGUGCGAAUUUCAUGGCUUUCGAGGGUGCGAGCUCGACUAAUCUCGAAUUUCUAUCCGCCCCACGUACAGCGGAUAGGCGUACAGCAGAACUUCGAGGUAUACAGCUUUACGAAUCCCAAAGCAGCGAGGUAUUCCGACCAGGCGCCAGGAAUAUUCUCCCUCAAGCUCGACGGAAUGGAUACACCUAUCUUUUUAUUGGACAAGAAUGUGACCGAGUCGCUAAGGGACAGUGCCGAGGUGUACAUAAAAUACUACGAUGAAUCCACAAGGCUCGUCGGUCGCAUUAACAAGCGACAACAAUUUCGCGAUUAUGCUCGCCAGGAGCAAGAAAGACUUGACGUAAUCCUUCAGACUGCGCAGGAGGAUUUACAGCUCGAGGAUGGAAUGAAUUCGGGGCGCAAGGAUGAAAUGGACUUUGCAGCCAGGAGAUUUCGCCAGUUAGAGACGAGGCUAGCAUGGCUUAGGCGCGACGAGGAAAAUACUGCGAAGGAGGUCGCUACGAACAGAAAGUCUGGAUUGAACCAAUUUAUUGCCCUCUGUCUGCUGAUCUUCCCAUCACUCGAUGCGGCAAGCCUCAUCCGCUCUGACUUUGGAAACGAUGCAGACCUCGUCAUACAAGAGCCCAUGUUCGAGCGGGUAUCCCGCGUCCCUGGGGAUGGGGAGGACCUGAGCAUUGUCUCGGGGAUAAUACCAGACUAUAAUCAUCCGGGAGAUCGUGGCAGGGGAGAUGGUUUCCCCGUGCGGCGCGAGUGGACAGCUGGAAGUACCGAACAGCAGACCCAAGAAGAGACAUUAGAUGAAGCAGUUGAUGCUGGCCCCGUUCAAUCACCGCGCAGUCUCGCAGAAGACGCAUACCACCAUGCCAAAUAUAGGCUCAGGAGAGCACAGGAUCGAUUCGAGGACCGACGCAGCUUGCAGCGAGAAAUGGCCAUACAGCAGCGUCUCGAUGCCGGAGAAGAAAACACCAACGCUGUCGUAAAGAAAGACACGGAUCUUCGAGCCUAUCAAGCAGGGCAGGUCCUGACUCGAGAACUCAUAAUCGCAGAAGCUGAGUUCCAAGCCACGAAGAGGAAAUGUCAGGACAUUGGGUUGGACAUCACUUACGAUGAUGAUCUCUCAUCCGUCUUCCCGGGCACCAGCCAGGAUGGAUUCCGUAUCAGCGAUGGAUUCCAAGAUGAGCGACAAAAGAAUCGAAACGCUCCGGCGAUUAUUGCAUGGUGUGAAACUCUACCCGAUCUGAUAGACGGCAUCCUCGCGGAUCAGGAAAGCUUUACCUUUGUACCCGACUGUGAUGAUUGGACAGACAAUGCCGGCUCACUUCGCGAUUUUGACAGUGGAAGCGUGCAGGAGACCGGAAAGAAGCGGAAAAGGAUAGACGAGGUGGCGGAUUACAAUAAAGGAUUACGUGACGCAGCAGUAGACCAUUGGGCUCGUACGCAGAAGAGAAGCAAGACACUGUUCCACGAAGCCGAUGGCUUGCGAGUAUAUACAAAAGAAGGGAGGUGA